AUGUCCGAAAAACAAGAAGGCAAUAAAUCAUUUACAAAAGAUGAUAAACACGAUCCUCCCGAAAGGGAUUUUCCAAAAUAUACCCCAACGAUGAUGACAUACCCACCACGUACCCAACUAUUUCCUGAUAACGAAAGGAGAAGAGUUUUAAUUUCUUCCUCAUCAUCAUCACAACCUUAUUACAGGAAACAAAUGUACCUACCAUCAUCUUAUGUCAAAAUAGAUAUUGAGAAUGAGAAGAUUCCUAUGGUGGAUAUUGAUGAUUAUGAAAAGGAUCUUGGUGAUGAUAAAAUCAGGAAAUUCGGACCUUUGAUAAUGUGGAAUAUCAAUGCAUUGUGUAAUUUUAUUAUGUUACUCGGGUGCGGUAUUUUAUUAUAUUUUUAUUAUAAGAGUUCAGUGCAAAGUGGUUAUGUGAUAUUGGCAAAGGCUUACAUAAUAGUGUUUUUUGUAAUAGAAAUGAUCGUUCGUAUAAUAAACCUAUUACAAAUGAAAUAUUAUGAUCUAUAUUUCGUAUUUUGUAACGGUCUAGGAAUCCUGUGCUUUAAGAAGGAGUCUUAUUUGGCAUUUAGCACGGAAUGGAUCGAAGUAUCACAAAUAAUUAAAUUGGCAGAUACGGCGGACAAUACAUGUUUCAUUAUUCCAUCAUUAUUCUUACUUCACUUAAUAACGUAUUACAUGAUAUCCAGAGACGAUCCUACGGAUACGACAAGUGUCGCGAAUUUGGUUUGUAAUUAA